AUGGAUAUGUCACAAAGAAGAAUACGCCACAACGGCGUUAAUGGAACCUAUGCUAUUGAGAAUGAUGUGGAUGCCUCGCCCGGUCGAAACAGUCACGCGGUACAGGCGACGGUCGACCGUCAUCAAGCUACUGUACCAAAGAAACCGAAAAGAAGUAAAAUGAGGAUCGCCACUUGGAACUUUAGAACAAUGUAUAAAACAGGAAAAAAGCAGAAUGUGGAGAAUGAGAUGGGGAGGUUGAAUGUGAAUGUAUUGGGUCUCAGUGAAGUGAGAUGGCCAGUAGUUGGAUGUGUUGAGACACGGACAGGAGGAGGUUUUAUUUACUCUGGAAGUCAGACAAAUGAGAGAGGGGUAGGGGUGAUGCUAGAUAAAAUGAUGAAAAAAUGUCUAAUUGGAUACUGGGCUGUAUCAGACAGAGUUAUUGUAGUGCGCUUAAAAGGUAUCCCUUUCAACAUCUGCAUUACACAAGUAUAUGCACCCACAUCUGAACAUGACGAAGAGGAAGUAGACCAAUUUUAUUCCGAAGUAAAUCAAGCAAGAGAACAAUGCAAAGAACAUGAGGUUAUAAUAAUGAUGGGUAACCUUAAUGCUACAGUUGGACUAGGAAGAACGGGAAACAUUGUAGGUCCACAUGGAUUGGGACAAAGAAAUGAGAGAGGUGAUAGGUUUGUUGACUGGUGUUUAGAGAAUGAAAAAGUAAUAGCAAACACAUGGUUCAGUCAUCAUCCAAGAUAUCUCUGGACAUGGAAAAGUCCUGGUGACAGAGCUAGAAAACCAGAUAGAUUAUAUAACAAUAAACGAGAGAUUUAG